GGCGGCCCAGGGCGUGCAAGUGGGGGGUGGGUGGGCCCCAAGGCUGCUGGGUGAGCUGGGUGAGCUGCCAAUGCUGUCUUUUGUGUGUGAAGGACCGUGCCUCCCCCGGCGCGCGUCCCGUUUCCCGGAAGUGCCAGUAUCCGCCGCGGGUGGGCGCGGGACGUAUGGCCCCGCAGCAGCGUCCGCGCCACCCGAGGAGACAGGCGCGCAGGUUGCCGCUGUUUCACGAGCCUAGAGCCUGUCAGCUCCUGUGCACGCUCACCCAGACAGCUACGUGAAUGAGAGGAUAGAAUAGUUCUGGGCUGCAUCAUCGUAGGGAGUCAACGUUACUUUUGGCAAGUGCUGUCUUCCCUGGCAAUUGUGGUUCAUGGCUCAGCACUAACUCAGACCAUGUGGACCGCAGAUGAGAUUGCCCAGCUGUGUUACGAGCACUAUAGGAGCAGGCUGCCCAAGCAGGGGAAGCCUGAGCCCAACCGUGAGUGGACGUUAUUAGCAGCUGUGGUGAAGAUAAAACCUGCAGCUGACCAGGCCUGCGGCGGCACUAACAGACGAGCACAAGUGACAAAGGAAGUUGUCUCAAUGGGAACAGGAACGAAAUGCAUAGGCCAGUCCAAAAUGAGGAAGAGCGGAGACAUCCUCAAUGAUAGCCAUGCUGAGGUCAUAGCCAGGAGGAGUUUCCAAAGGUACCUUCUCCAUCAGCUCCACUUGGCAGCCGCCCUGAAGGAGGAUAGCAUCUUUGUCCCUGGAACUCAGAGAGGGCUGUGGAAACUCAGACCAGACCUCUUGUUUGUGUUUUUCUCCAGCCAUACACCCUGUGGGGAUGCCUCCAUCAUUCCAAUGCUUGAGUUUGAAGAUCAGCCCUGCUGUCCUGUCCAUAGAGAUUGGGCCAAUAACCCAUCAGUAGAAGCCAGUGGUGAUCUGGAAGAUCCUGAAGAUAAAAAGAAAUGUGAAGACCUGGGUAGUCCUGUGACCAAAAAGAUGAGGCAUGAGCCUGGGAUUCCUGACAGUGUGGCCCACCAUCAGAGUUUUGGCCAUCAGGAAAGUGGCCCAGUCCCACCAAGUGUCAGUGGCUCUCAUCUUACUGCAGAGGAACUGGCCGCUGUCACCGGAAUGGCCCCCAGUGGUGCCAAAGUGGUGGACGUUCAUAGAACCGGAGCCAAAUGUGUGCCAGGAGAAGCUGGAGACUCGGGGAAGCCUGGUGCUGCAUAUCACCAGGUGGGACUGCUCCGAGUGAAGCCCGGCCGGGGAGACCGGACUUGCUCCCUGUCCUGCAGUGACAAGCUGGCCCGGUGGAAUGUCCUCGGAUGCCAGGGCGCACUGUUGAUGCACCUUCUAGAAGAGCCCGUCUACCUGUCAGCCGUGGUGAUUGGGAGGUGCCCAUACAGCCAGGAGGCCAUGCAGAGAGCUCUGACUGGGAGGUGUCGGAACGUCUCAGCGCUACCCAAAGGCUUUGGAGUUCAGGAAGUGAAAAUAGAGCAGUCAGGUUUCCUGUUUGAACAGAGCCGCUGCGCGGUGCAGGCAAAAAGGGCUGAUGGCCCCGGCCGACUUGUUCCUUGUGGUGCAGCCAUCAGCUGGAGUGCAGUUCCUGAGCAGCCGCUGGAUGUCACUACCAAUGGUUUUCCGCAGGGAACAACAAAGAAAGCAAUCAGGUGCCUCCAGGCCAGAUCCCGAAUCAGCAAAGUGGAACUCUUUAGAUCAUUUCAGAGACUGCUAAGCAGUAUUUCAGAGGACAAGUGGCCAGACUCCCUCAGGGAGGACGGAGAGCUAAGGUGGGAGGACAAUGGCCACCGCUGCGGACCUUGGAAAGGCAACCACCUCAAAGUGAAAGAACACUCCCAAAGUUCCACUGCAAGGCAAGAAAAAAUGAAGUCACUUCUGCGCAGCCUCCCACCUCGCACGUGACCCUCUCACAGCUCUGUCUGUUAUGGGAUGGGCGAGGGCACCUGCAGGCUUGGGUUCACCCUUUCCCAACUCCGAUCCCCCUAGCGACUCUCUGAAGGCUGCAAGCACUGGUGGAAGGUUAAGGGAGGCCCUGCACUUCCCUAAGGGGGCUGGCAGGAGCUGAGGAAGAGGCUGCGGCUCAAGUGCCUUGGGGAGAUGGAUGGCAGGGCUGAGUCACACACCAGCUUUCAGGGGAGACCCUGAGGCAGUUCUGUGUGUGCUGCCGUCAGGUGAUCAGCAUUUGCAUAAAGCCCAAUGAUGUCGCACACAACUUUUGUUUUAGAAACAAUUUUUCUUAAUAAAACCAAACUGCUGCAUUAAGUGUAGGACAGAAAGCCAUUAACUGGGGCCAAAGGAGCUUCCUCAGAGGAGAGGAAGCCUGGUUAGUGAUUCUUGAAAAUCCUGACUUGGGUCACUGGUGUCGCGUGCUUUAGGGCAGAUUCUUACCAGAUUGCAAAGGCAAAUGGGAGUGAGAGAAAAAAGGAAGCAGCCUCUGCUGCCCUGAGAAUCACUUUUCAUUUCCAAUUCGAUUUAUAUAUCAGGGAUAAUGGAGGGAGGGGGCAGUUGCUAAUCUACAGCCAUUUUAAUUGCUAGAUUAACAUGGAGCCAUCAGAGUAACAAUGUCUCCAGAAGCCGGCUCAUUUCCUCUAAGAAAUAUCAGAGGCUCAGAAUUGAUAAAAUAAAUUCAAUGCCACAGGUCCUAGUCGCCUACUCCCUCCACUAAGAAGCCACCUCCAGGAAGGAGGACAGGGUCACCGAGACUCUGCAGAAGCUGCAGGUGGAAUGAGUGAAGAUUUAACUCCCCACCACCUUAAGAGAAGCUGAGUGUGACCACAGACACCCAGGAUUUCCUACCCCAAUGAAAAGUGCACCCAACACCAUGAUGCCUAGAGGCCCGGGAAGGGAAGCUAGAAGAGCCCCAACAGGCAGCAAGACUGCCUCUGCCAACACCCCAGCUUCUUGAACUACAGCUGUAGGAGACCAACAGCACCCAGCAGCCAGGCCCAGGCCUAUCUCCUCAGGCAGAACUUUUCACUUCUCCCCUAACCUGCUUCUCUGCCAAACACAGGAAACGGAGGUGAUGGAGAUUGGGAAAGCGAAAAUUAGACCAAAAAAUAGCCAGAGCUCUCUACCUUUCAAAGGAAAAGGACUGGAAUUUGGCUUACACCUUUUCUGGAGCUUUCAAGGAUUUUCAAAAGGAACGUAUUUUGGCCACAAUGGGCUAGUUCCCAGAAUUUCUGAAAGCCUUAGGUUUUAGAAGUACUACUUUUGGGGGGUAACAAAUGAGACUUAGUUUGGGUCUCCAAGAUGAAAUGUAGCCAGGAACUCACAUUCAGGGGAGAGAGAGACUAGCAUCUGGCUCAGGGGCUAGUACUUAACCAGUAAUGACAAAGGACUGACCAGGAAUUUAGAAGAAGGAGCCAGUUCGUUUUUUUUCCACCGGGGACUAAAGCUGGGCUGUCAAAUACACAGAAGAAGGGAACUGUAAUGCCCCUGCCUUGAGAUUCAGGCCCCAAGGUAUCCCAAAGAAUGCUUCCAGGCAGCACAACAGCUAGAGCAACAGGGGCAAUUCCUCUGACAGUCGGAGCAGGUGGUACCAGGGAGGAGUAAGUCUGUAAAGAGACCUCAGAGCCUUUUGCUGGACAACAGCCAUUUCAGCAUACCUGAGGAUCAGGCAGCUACAGACUUGCACAGUGGCACAGAACUAAGUUUGGAGAGCAAGCAGCAGGGUGAUUAACUGAACCUGAGCCUCAGCAGGGCCCACAAGCUCCCAGUAGAGAAUGACAGGACUUAUUUCAUGGGUCAUUUGAAGAAAACCUCAUUUUAGGCUUCAGUUCUACUGAUGGCUUAAACCUAAGUAAAUCCUCAGCUGUUUUAAAGGAUUUAUGAGGGUCUGAGGCUAGAUUUCAAUUUUUUUUUUUUUUUUAAAUCCAACCUUGUUCUAUCUUCUUGAUCCAAAGUACAUUCCCAUGUACCACGGCCCUUUCGUAUUUUCCUUGAGUUCCUCAGGUCAGGGAGCACAAAAUCCAGAUUUCCAGUCAGGACCCCUAAAGAGUUUCCUAACCUCCAAAAUGUAGAGUUCUGUGCACAGCCGAGCAGAUGGCCAGUGCC